AGUGCUGUAGAAAUUGCUUUAUUAUUUUCAAUUUGACCAAAGCCAAAUUAUGCCUGUUCCAGCCGUUUCCGUCCGUCCGCCGACGCUUCGUCAGCGGGGCGCGAUCGGUUCAAGUUUAAAGCCAACCAGCGCACCCCACGGAAAGGAGGUCGGAGACAGACCGAAAAACGCGACCCCGCCCUUUCGCAUCGACGCCCCAGCGGUUGGGCCACGAACAGAGAAAAGUAUGGGCAGCAAAACUUUAGCUAAAAGCCCCAGCGACUUCGCGCUCGCGCUCGUGUUUCUGGCGCGUUUGAUGUUUGCGGUGAUGUUGGCGGCCGAGUUUUACGUCAUUGUGCGGGCUCUGCACAAAUUCGGGCAGGGUGAUUUCGUGCACAGUGUGAAGCCAGUGCGCGCGUUGCUGCUGGUUUACUUUUUCGUCCCGAAGCGACUGGCGCUGCACGCGUUUCUGCUCGCCGUGUGGACCUGUGCCCGUUCCUGGCUGGAAGAAGAAACGUUCGGCGUGGCCAUCGUGUUUUUCACGGCGUUAGAACUCUACACACGAAUUGUCUUCGGUGCGAUGACCGCGUCUUCAGGGUCCUACGUGCCUCGCACGCCGUCCUCGCACGAGCGGUUUGCUCAACGGGUCUGCCGGGCGCGUAAGUUCUUUCGGCGCGGGAUCGCUGCGCUGUUUGCGUUUGAGGCCGUGAUCUGGUCCCCUCUGGCGCUCGACGGGGUAGUACUGGAAGACGCACUCCGCAUGACGGCGGGGAAUUAUGACAGCACUUUGAAUUAUGUCGUUGCCCCGCCGGUCGCAUUGCUCCUCCAGGUCCAGCGCGUGCGGCGGCGCUGCGUCUUGACGCUGCGUGACGCGGUGUGGACAGGGGUCGGGUUUCUGGAUGAGGAGACACAGAAGAAAACCGGAGUGACUAGUACAACUUCUACAUCCCACAAGAGCAAGCUUGACGCACCGUCGGAACAACAAUUCGUUUUUUCACUGGAAAGCUUUAUCCAUACACCCGACCGGGUGCUGGUGCAACUGCUGCGAAGUCUUGUCCCAACCGACCUGGCCCCUGCGAUCGUGUCGCGAAAGAUUCUCAAGUUCCUGCGGUCGGCCCCGGACCCGGCGGUGGACCUGUGGAAAUUGGGUCAACCAGAAAGUCCUGCAGACGAAGAUGAAACGGAGCAGGACGCAGUAGAGACAGCGGGAAAUAAAGGUGCGACGUCGGAGAAUGUCAAAGGGAUAACGUCGGCGUCUGUAUUAAAAAAUACGGCAGAGCCAACAUCUUCAUCUGCGUCCGCUCUUGCCAACGAGGACGAGGAGGAGGAGGAAGAAGAAGAACCCACUUCUGCAGCCGACAGCAAAAGAACUCAAGCGAGACAGGACGCCGAGGCGCGGCAGCGCAUUUUGCACAUGGCUGCGGCUGCAGGCGUCGAUAAAGACUGGAGCCUGGGAAAGGAGAAUGAAUCGAUCAAGAUUGCCUUCAACACGUCGCUCAGUGGAGAUCAUGGCAGGGUGCUCUCGGGAACUGACAACGAGGAGUCGAGCACGACAAGCCAGGACGCGGCGAACCAGGUACUACAGGCACAGGAGAACGAGGAAAAAAUGUUGAAAGAACGAGAAGAAGCAGCGGCAAAGCGGCGGCGCCGCAGGGAGAAACGGGAAGAGGCCGCGCGGUACCGACACCCGCUCACGAAAUACAGCUACCCUGUCCGAAAAGUGCUAGAGUGGACGCGCGAUUGGUUGCACAGCUGCGACUUCAAAGAUCUCGAGGACUACCUGCGCUGGCACAUCGGAACCCGGGUGCUAGAGGUACUUGUUGUAUUGGUGGUCUACGGAGAUGAAAGUUGAAGUUUCGUAAAUUCAUGGUGAAGUAGUUUCAUCAAUCUGUUUCAAAGAUACAACGUUCUGUAAUGGAAUAUCCGACCACAAUUCACAGUCCGUCGAGACAAGCGGGUCGCAUUGGCAGAAGUUCUUGCGAUCGGACACGUGUGCGAGCCUGCGACGCGCGUACCGACGCGUUUCCCUUGAUUUUCAUCCUGAUCGGUACAGUGGAACGUACUGCGUCGAAUAUCGCGAGGGUGCAUUUCGCGUGCUGCAGAACCUUUUGGAGGAACGCAAGAAAGCGAUUAAGUGCGAUAAAUAAGAGCCUCGAUGGAAUACACCGCUGACUAGCGUGCAGCACGACAACAUAACUAAUUGAAUCCUUUCAAAUAAGAAAUUCGCAGCCAAUUUUGAAGACGAU